AUACUCAAUUGAGACGCAUACAUCCGCACACAGGCACACAUUGUCCGAUAAAUAAAUGGCACAACGAGGGAAAGCAGACCAUAGGUCACAGCAUUAUGAUGCAUAGAGUGGCCAGCCACCACAAAACGUAUAUCGCAUGGAUAAUGGUCACACAUGUGCGCUCCACAAGAGGGGAACAAACGCGAGAGCUAAUGAGAGAAGACCAGCAAUUGACCUAUACCUAUAUGUCUUUGUAGUGUGUGCGCCGCUGAAUUCCUCUAUAGACGUUUGUGAGACCUCUGCGACGGCAUGAGCGGCCGUGAAGAGCUCUGUCCCACCGGGGCUCUCGUACGUGACAUCCACUGACGCAGGGCCGAACCUGGUGCCCAGCUCCUCGGGAUCGCCCUCCCUCGGAAGCAGCAACAGACUGAAAGACAGCUCAAUAGCCAUCUGCUGGCCCGCCUGCAGGCAGCCAACAUCCACAGGGAACAAGGGGCAUUCACGAAGCAUAGGAGACACCAGCUCGUACCUGUUCCGGCGCGAGGGCGAAUGUGAGUUGUAUGACGCCGCUCUCUGUUUGUGAGAGACUGCAUGUGAUGUAGGCCGCUACAUAGCCGUUGAUCGAUGGGCUGCAGGGGCCCAGCUGCUGUGAUACCACGGGCGGCACGCCAAAUGGGCCCUUGACCAAAAGCCGCAGCACAGUGGCUGAUGCAUCGUGACAUCAGAGAAAAGGCAAGACACUCGCGUGAGUGACUGGUGGGCGAUGGUCGUCCUACAUACUUGCAUCGGUUGUCGGCAAGGUCUCCACAUCAAUGGCGACUGUGACUCUCACCACAGCACCGUCAAGGAAAGGCCUGCACACAACAAUAUAUGGAGAAGUGGACCGUGGUGUUUUUGCGCCUCUUCUACGUGUCCAUCCUUCCUUCUUACCCUGUGAUGACGACUCUUGGCACUCCCCGCAGCAGCGAUGCGACCGGCUUGCCCUUGAUGGCAUUAUUACCCAUGAUAAUCAUCCCGCCUUCGUCCAGCUGACAGAACACGCGAGCACACACAUGUCUGUCUGAUUGAUGUGAGUGAUGUGCUUGUGACAUAUAUGUUUGGCUGGCUCCUGUCUCAUUCAUUGGUUACGAUGUUGAUGCCAAAAGUAGGUGCAUCUCCCGAGGCGGGGAUACUCAUGGCCAUGCUGACAUGCACCUCCGCGCUCGUGUCCUCUAUGUACACACUCGCGACUUCCUGCGCCUGUACACAGCACAGAGGCACAUACGCAAAGGCAUGGCUGUCUUUGAUCCUUCUUGCGCAGAGACUCACGUGUGUACCUGUAUGUCGAUGGUUGCGUUGGGUCCCAAAUCGCCCAGGUAUGGAAGGGGCCUGUUGGACGAGUCCCUCAUGCCGAUGCCGCCCGCUAACACAUAGUCGGCCGGAACCGUCAGCUUGAGAGUGCCAUCAAGAACAGGCAUAGUCGGCUUGAAGGUCAAGGUCACAGGAACUAUCUCUUUGGCUAUGGGAGUAUAAUGAGCCUGCAAUGUGGACAAAAGAAAUAACACCAGAGACGGCAUGGCAUUCUCCAGUGUAAGUACCGAGGUUUCGGUGACCACGACGCUCGGCGGCGAGGCCUCUGUGGUGAUUGCCCUCUCUUUCGGCUCACCACCUGUUGCUGACGGCUCAUAGACCAGGAUAGUCCAUGGGUUCAUCGUGUUGGCGGUGAUGUUGGCUGGAUGAUUCAUGCGAAAAGAGAAGGAGAGCGUCUUGUGUGGGCUGUCGGCAAUGCUGACGCCCUUGGACACGACAGCAUAGGUGCCCCCUGCCAUCCCCACGCAGCUGCCCGUGUCAUUGGCUCCUGUACAUAUGGGCGAGAAGGACCAUCCUCCGCCUCCCGGUGUGAUCUUGGCUUGGUAGCCCGCCUCUGACACUGCGUCAACAGCAAACAGCAUUGGAAAGAAAAUGUAUCGGUUGUGUUGCAUACCGAUGCCAGUUCCCUGUAUCUCCAGUGUGACGUCCCACUCCGCGCCCAUAGCGCCGACAGCAGUGCUGCCCCCGACGGCUGCCAUGGUGAAGGUACUCGUCAACGGAGACACAGGGCUGCCGAUCGACGUCAAAAACUGCAUGCAUCGACAGGGUAAGUAAGAUGGAGAGACAAGAUUCGUCCAGCGCGGGUCUUUAUCCUUUUCCUCACGGUCAGGCUUGGCAUGACUUUGUGGGUGACGGGCAGCGUCCCCUUAACGCCUUCAAUAGCCCACUCGAAAUCCUUGUCUGUCUCAUGAAUGGUCGGCUGUCUUCCGAGGACCCAGAGCCAGUCCAUUCCGAUGGACCCAUCGACCAUCGAGUCGUUUGGGAGGGUCACGUCCGUUAGCUCCAAUGUAUUUCGGACAGCGGACACCGAGGGUAAUACAUACGUGUAUAUCAUCCGCUCGGGGUCGGUGUACUGCCCUGAGCUGUUGAUGGGGAUCGUAGAGUCUCCGACAGCGAUAGUACCCAUGGCAAAUCCUUUUACGGCACAUGCGGAGGAAGGUGCACAGUGGAUAAACACACAAAUGAGGCAGGUGGGUUGGGUGACCUGGUGGUGGGACGACGAUAAGAAGGGGCAUUUGUGCAGGUGUGAUGGCGACAUCGGAAGUGAAGGUCAGCACAGGUGGGGGACUGAUUUUGGCGUUGGGCGGUGGGCGUUCUGUACUCGCCUAGGAGCCAGCAAACCGAACGGAUGCUUACAUACCGUCUGCGUGCUGUACUGUUUCCAUACAUCCAUCCGUCCGUCCGUUACCCGUGUGAUGGCGACGUCUGCCCACUCGCCAAGGACGCAUGCCUCGAUCCCCUCAGUAUAGUCAGUCAGCCGGUCACGCUGUGUCGUGCCAAACACCGUACUGAGACUCCACAGCGAGCCCUCUGGGAAAGCGUCUUCAGGCAAAGCCACGUUGGUCAGCGCGAGGGAAAACAAUGUGAACAUGCCUCCUUCACUCUUCACCCUCAGUCCAGUGACGGUGACCUCGUCUGCCGCCUUUGAAACCACCUCUGCGUUGGGAUGGUCUGCAAGGGACUCUUCAGCCACUUCAACCUUGCUGAGGUCGAAAUCGGAUGCCGAUUGGAUGGUGAUCUGGUCGAAGGCCUGGACCGGCGUGAAGCUGACGUUGAGGACUGCUGAAUCGGCCUUCUUGAGCCGGGUGCGUUGGGAGCCCUUCACCCCCAGGGGAUCGUACACACCGAGGUCGAAAGCCACGUCGGGAAGCUGAACGAACGGAACAGAUGAGAUGGCAAAGCAGUCGUGUCUCUCAUGCCAUGUCUUCGCCUGUGCCGCUCUUACUCACCGCUGGACUGAUCAGCCAUCCAGAAACUGUGUUCUGAUAGAUCUUGCCAGAGGCUCGUGUGUACUGACAGCAAGACAGCAGCCAGAUGCGUCAGCACCUGACUAUCCCUUUUGUAUCUCACCGUGACUGUCCACAUAUUCACGACAGCCGCAUUCGGGUUCUUGCCGCCCACUGUCACGUUGAGAGUAAGGCCGUCAGCCGUGCCGUUGACCGAUACACGGAAGACUGGGGCUGCCGUCCUGCCGUCGCCUGCAGCCACGCAUGUGGCUGCCCGCUGGACGGCGCUGUCGACCACAGUAUUGCCGCCAACAUCGGUCACGGGGACAGCACUACAACAGAUGGAGAAUACUGAUUCGUGUGCCUAUGGCUGUCACGCUAUGUUGUCCGCGUACUUGGCUUGGGGCAUCACCCAAAAGGCACGGUCGUCGUCUGGGUCAUUUGGCAGGUCUGGGCUUGACAGCGCUGGGUCACAAAUAGGCCCAAAUGCAGGAGGCAUUUUGAUGUCGAUCACGUCGUCGUUGGACGGAGGCAGCAAGGACGAGUCGAGCGUCACCAGCAAGAUCGCUGUGAAACUCUGCUCACCCUCGCCUUCUAUCGACCUGCAUGUUAAGACACGUCAUAUGCUUGAGCGUGUUUCAUGAUGUUCAGUCAUCUAUCUCAUAUAUCAGAGUCUCACUCUUCUCCUUCUGGCGGCCUCCACUCGACACCAACUUGUGAUAGCAGCCCAAAGCCGGGGAUCACUGCGUAAUCGAGAGACGCCUCAGACGCGAGGAAGGCAGGUAGCCCGUCGACGCCGCAUGGUUUGGCGGGCAAGCCCUUUGGAGCGCACGACCAUGCCGCGAAGCUCGGGAGAGCGGGGCUGGCAAUAUUCGGGUUCAUUACGUCGAAGGCGAUACUGCGAGACACACAUAGAGGCAUAUGAGAGGGUGUGUGGAGCACAAGCUCUGUGUGUGUCAUGUGGAUGCCGUCUAUUACGAGAUAUGUGUUCCCGGGGGCCAGUCGAUGUCGUCGUCGACAAUCAGAAACACGAGCCAACCGCCCUCGGACACACAGAUGAUGGACGUGCCUGACUUUAUGUCGGUCAGCUGGGCCAGGGAUGAGUCGAAUAGGGUCGCAAGAGACAUAGUCCCAGCGCUUGCGUUGUAGACGGAAUACUCGGUCGAGACUGAUGACUGUGUUAGAUUGUCUGGCUUGCUGAUAGUGACGGACGCCUGGGGACACAUCUUGUUGGCGGUCCCUGUGGUGGUGGACGACGAAUAAUCUGGCGGCACUUUGAUAGUCAGAGAGCUCAUGGGGCCGGUGAUCGUCUGCGUUGUGUUCAGGUCAAAGGUCAGUCUGUUGGGGCUGCCGACCACCUACACCGGCCAAACAAACGGAGAGACACAUUUUUGUAAAGGAGGCACCUAGUCUUUGCACUGUGCGUACAGGAUUCGAGGCCGUCAGGGGGGGUAUCUUAACCGUAUCGACGACAACAGGCAUGAACAUGUCGAGCUCAGUGCCCGCGAAGGUGCCGCCAGCCACAUUGUCCAGGACAAUGCUAAAUGCAUUAAGGCCGGGGUAGCUAGUGGGAUUGCUGACAUUGAUGGAGAAGGCGUAGGUCUUCUGCGUCUUGUCGGACCAGUCGGCGAAGAUCAAAGUGACGACUGACCGCAUCUGCGCGUCGGCAGUGCACGAGUCGACUGCGAAGGACUCCCCAAAGUCUGAGUACUCUCCAGAUGGGUCUGUCCCAUUGAACGGCUGGAGGCUGUGCUCGUCGUCGCACACAAGAGGGAAUACGUACCUGAUGCAGACAUCAAUGCAUUGAUGGGUCCAAUUUGUGGGCACUUUACCAUGUUUUGCUUUAUUGUAUAUACCCGUCUGGUGCGAUAAUCACCAACUCGUGUGGUGCAUUACUGAGAGCGCUGAGUGUUGCUGAGGACGUCUCGAAGCCGAAUACGAGCUCGGAGACAUCCCCUGGCUUGGAGCUGUUGGACGACAGCAGGGCGGCCUUGGUAAAGGGGGCAACGAUGGGCUUCGACACGAUGCUCGUGCUCUUGUCGAGCUCAAAAAGCCCCGAAGGAACAUCCUCGUCAGGGGCCACAUCCUUCAGCUGCGUAAAAUACAGCGGCAAAUUUGUGUGAUGCUGCCUGUGCACUUUGGCUUGUCUGCCUGACCAGAGUCUCGUCACAUUCCUUGAACGAGUAGAAGUAGAAAAUAUCUGUUGCGCUGUCGAGGCCCGCUUCAUCCGGGUUGGCCACUUCAAAGCCGAAGCGAUAGCUGAGGAAGACCAGGUAAAACAAUUGGGCCGUGUAUCGACGAUGUCGGUCUGUCCUUACCGUCCAGGCGGCAGCUCGCCCUCCGUUGGGGUCAUCGUCACUUCCAUGAUGGUGGUCCCAUCGACACCGAAAGAGCACUUCAUUUUGUCAUGGAACGGAGCUGGAGGUGUAUAACUGCACAUACCAUAGCAAACUAUAACUACUCUGCUUGCGUCUUGUUGUUGGCUUACAAGUCUGUGGGUCCGACAUGUUGCAGCAGGCAGUCGCCUUUAGCUUUGAAUUUCUGGCCGUCAGCACUCUUGCUGGGAGGGAAUUUCAUGUGCAGGCAGCCUCCUGCGGGGAUUCCUGCAAAUGUCUGGAUGCCAAAGCCGAGUAGAUUGUCCGCGCUCCUGCCAGGAGUGCUGAAUGAGACGUCGGCGUUCAUUAACAUAUUGAUUGGCUGGGCAGGGUGGCUCACAGCCGCAAAGAGACGUUUCGAAGGAUCCCUGAACUCUGCAUGAAGAAACAGAUGAAAGGCAUAGGGCCGGAGACCUCAGUGACCACCAUGCCAUGCAAGAUGUAGCGUCGCAUACCGUCCUCUAUCAAAGUCGGAUCCCCGGUGUAGCUGAAUAUGAAGAAGGUGUUUGGUGUCGGGUAGGCGACCAAAGGGCUGUAGCUGUCCGCAACCUCCACCAUGAAGUUAAGGUAGUAAAUGCCGCUGGUGUCGGUGAAGCCGCCGUCAUCGUUUGCGAGGGUGAUGGCCCAUGCAUUGAUGUCCACCCACCAGCCGCUUGCCGUCCGACUGCACAUGGCCAAGUGACAGCCACGCUGCUCCGGCCUUGUUUCGCCUUACUCGAUUGGUUCUCUGCCGGGCGACCGGUCAUAGAAUCCCUCACGCACCACGGCAUCGUAUAUUUCAAUCUGGGCAACGUCUGUGACGGCUUGCGCCGGCCCCCUGGGCUUGAAGUGUCUCGGCAUCGUAAUGCAUAGCUUGUCGGCUGGGUCCAGGGCCUCCUUGAGCAUAAACUUGGCGAGCGCAGUCACCUCAGCGCCAUCACUGGGCCUCGCAUCCGUGAUCAACACCUCAAACAGCAUCUCGCCCGCCGCUGCAGCCUGACCGACAUAACCAACCGCCACCAAAACCUGCAGCAUAUUUAAGCCCAGUACCUUGCUGAACGUGUGGAACGGCGGUAUGAGUUGGGAUGGGGUCGAGGUCAAAGGCCACAUGUUGAUGCCCUGAACUGGUGUCGUCUGCGUGUCGAUAUCCAUGCCAUCUACGUCUUGGCAGCCCAAUAUGCCGCUGGCGUCCAGCGUGCAGGGACCGUCGUGUGUGUAUAUCUCCCAAUAGUCCCUCGUUGAGUAGCCGGUGUUAGCAUUUUCCAUCUCGACAGUGAAGCCGUAGUUGACCGGCUGCAGGGACUCGCCCUUUGCAAGCGCAACGUUCAU